AUGAAAUACAUUCCAUUAACUCAACAUUUUCAAACAGUAGCUAUGCUUUAUGAAAAAUGUGCUGAUCUUUCAUCAUAAAUAGAUACACUUUAAUCUUAGAUUUCAAAUAAUAAUGGAUAAAUGGAAAAUGAAGUAGCAGAAAUAUAACCUCAAAUUGUUUAAGAACCAAUUUCUAAGGUUCCUGAAAAAAAGAAUUCUUAACCAGAAAUUGAGAUAGUUGCAUCAUAAAAUGAUGAAAUUGAAGAAGAAAAAUAAAAUUAAGAAAAAAGUGCUUAAAAAAUUGGAAAAUCUAUUGAGAAAUCAAUCAAAAUGAAAGUUUCAUUAACUUGUGAUCAUUGUGAUAAAGUUUUUUAGACUGAAAGAUAAUUUAAAAAACAUAGAUAUGGAGUCAAAUAUAGAGGAAUCAAAGAAAAAUCAAAAGGCAAAUCUUCUUAAAAAGAUUUAUCAUCUAAAGAUUAGAGUGAAUAUAAAGAAAUUAAGGAAAAAAAGGACAAAAGAGAAUCAUCUAGCAAAAAAUCACUUGAAACAUUUUAAAUAUGCUUGUGA